AGGACGCUCUCAGUCUGCGCGUAAAGACGCGUCUCCUCUCCAGAAGCUCUUUUGCGAUUUUUGCGCGCUUUACCAUGGGGCUGUACACGCUCAUAGUCACCUUUCUCUGCACCAUCGUGCUCCCCGUUUUGCUCUUUCUCGCCGCGGUUAAGUUGUGGGAGAUGUUACUGAUUCGCCGGGUCGAUCCGAACUGUGGAAUCCCGCUGCCGCCAGGUACCAUGGGUUUACCCUUCAUUGGAGAAACGCUCCAGCUUAUCCUCCAGAGAAGGAAGUUCCUUCGGAUGAAGCGCCAGAAAUACGGAUGCAUCUACAAAACGCACCUCUUUGGGAACCCGACUGUCAGGGUGAUGGGAGCUGAUAACGUGAGGCAGAUUCUGUUGGGCGAACACAAGCUGGUUGCUGUUCAGUGGCCAGCAUCAGUGAGAACUAUCCUGGGCUCUGACACGCUCUCAAAUGUUCAUGGCACUCAACACAAAAACAAGAAAAAGGCUAUUAUGAGAGCAUUCUCAAGAGAUGCUCUUGAGCACUACAUCCCAGUCAUCCAGGAGGAGGUGAAGAGUGCCAUACAAGACUGGCUGCAAAGAGAUACAUGUGUGCUGGUUUACCCUGAAAUGAAACGACUCAUGUUUCGCAUAGCCAUGAGAAUCCUGCUUGGUUUCGAGCCUGAGCAAAUCAAGACAGAUGAACAGGAACUGGUGGAAGCUUUUGAGGAAAUGAUCAAGAACUUGUUCUCCCUGCCUAUUGAUGUUCCAUUCAGCGGCUUGUACAGGGGUCUGAGAGCACGCAAUUUCAUCCACUCCAAAAUCGAGGAGAACAUCAGGAAGAAAAUUCAAGAUGAUGACAAUGAAAACGAGCAAAAACACAAAGACGCUCUUCAGCUGUUGAUUGAGAACAGCAGGAGAAGUGACGAGCCCUUUAGUUUGCAGGCAAUGAAAGAAGCAGCUACUGAGCUUCUGUUUGGAGGUCACGAGACCACCGCCAGCACUGCAACCUCACUGGUGAUGUUCUUGGGUCUGAAUUCAGAAGUGGUGCAGAAAGUCAGAGAAGAGGUUCAGGAGAAGGUUGAAAUGGGCCUCUAUUCACCUGGGAAGACUUUAAGUAUGGAGCUGUUGGAACAACUAAAGUACACUGGAUGUGUGAUCAAAGAAACUCUCAGAAUCAACCCUCCUGUACCUGGAGGCUUCAGAGUGGCUCUCAAAACCUUUGAACUGAAUGGUUACCAGAUACCCAAAGGAUGGAAUGUCAUUUACAGCAUUUGUGACACACAUGAUGUUGCUGAGGUGUUUCCUAACAAAGAUGAGUUCCAACCAGAGAGGUUCAUGAGCAAAGGCUUGGAGGACGGCUCCAGGUUUAACUACAUCCCCUUCGGAGGAGGUUCCAGGAUGUGUGUGGGCAAAGAGUUUGCCAAAGUGCUACUCAAAAUCUUUUUAGUUGAGCUAACACAGCAGUGCAGCUGGAUUCUUUCAAACGGACCCCCAACAAUGAAAACGGGCCCAACCGUUUACCCAGUGGACAAUCUCCCCACCAAGUUCAGUAGUUAUGUCAGAAAUUAGUCCUGAACUAACAUGAGCUUUGUACAUAUGUUUUGUAGAUGAGCUGUGAUGUAUUGGAUAUUUUAUAUUUUGUUUAUAUAAAAGAUGUGUAUAUAAGUAUAUACAAGAAAGCAAAAACGAGGGCACUACUUUGUCAUGGAUCACUGUAAUUCUACAAAGUGUCUGUGAUGUAUAUUUAUAAUGUAGUUGUGUUAUAUAUAGCUUUUGUACUGUAUGCAACUUAUUUAACUUGCUCUUUAUCGUAUGGGUUUUAUUUAAUAAAACAACUUUUAAAUUUCAA